AUGGACAGACCUCAGGCGUCUCUUGCGACUGUGAUUUUACAAAACGCGUCACUAAUCAAGGAAAAGGUUGAAGACUCAUUGCACAGGGCAUUUUCCCGAAGAGGGUUUUACAAAUGGGCUCUUGGAUAUUUAACACUUUUUACAUGCUUAGCGCUGGUAGUGAGUAUGGCGAAAUCACCACGGGGUGACAGAGCGACGACUAGAAGUCUACUAGCGGAGAAGUCCUCUCUUACAAAUUUGCUGAAUGAUAGCGAAUAUGUUCAUGGAGUAGUUUCCGACGACUAUACGACGUGGGAUGCCAGUUUUGACGCCAAGCGUUACAUGGUCGAGAGAUGGAAAACAUCGUGUUAUUACCCAACACAUCCAAUCUAUCGACUCAACAAGUUGCUCAAAGUUGACGAGAUGAAACGUCGGGGCUGCGUGCGACGUUUGCCUGAAGUCGUCAUCGCAGGAGUGCGCAAAUGCGGCACUGGUACGCUUCUCAGAUUUUUGAACUUCCAUCCUCAUUUAGUUGGCCCGAAAGACGAGACCCACUACUUUGAUUCGCUAACCGAGCAUGGAGUGCAAUGGUAUCGAGAGCAGAUGCCGUUCUCCUCACGUUUGCAGAUGACUAUAGAGAAGACCCCAACUUAUUAUUUCCGACCGUUCGAUGCGCCUAAACGCAUCCGCCAAACCUUGUCAUCUAAUGUACGUAUUCUAGUUAUUUUAUGCGACCCAGUACGGCGAAUAGUGUCAGAUUACGUUGAGUUUAUUAAUAAAACGGACAAGGCGGAGCAAGACUACAUGCAGAGGAAAACGCUUGCCGAAUCCAUCGAGAGCACGGUAUUUGAGCAGGCACGCCCUGACAACGUGAACACACACAAUGAAAUGGUCGACGUGGGCAUAUACGUCAAAUAUCUCUUCCGAUGGUUAGAACAAUUCCCCCGAAGCCAGAUUCAUUUCAUUGACGGCGACAAUUUCAGAAAUAAUCCGGCAGAAGAAUUACAGAAAGUAGAAAAGUUUCUCGGUGUGCGGCCUUUUUUCCGCGAAGAACAUUUCCGCAAAGACAGCGUUAAAGGACAGUAUUGUAUGGCUUUUCCCCAAAUGACCUGCAUGCCAAGCUCGAAAGGACGGGAACAUCCUGAAUUAAAAGAGUGGGCCAAAAAAAGAUUAUGCGAGUUUUACAGUCCGUUCGACAGAGCACUGGCGACCUUGGUUAAACAGAACUUCACAUGGAUUGGUAAAAACUGUUAA